UUCCUAACCCCACGUGGCAGCUUAGAGAGCUCUUCCGUCUUCCUUCCGCUCAUCCAUCAUCACCAUCAUCGUCGUCGUCGUCAUCAUCCCUCUGAUCCGAUCAGACGAACACGAAUCCCCCAACUUCCCAUCCCAAAAUUUCAUUACACAAUAGAAUAGAAACCUGAAACUUUGUACAGGACAGGAGGCGACGAGGGCGACGGACUCGCGCCCAAGAGAAGAUCGAUCUUCUCACUCUGCGGAGUCCGCGCUUCAUUCGGCUCCAUCUAUCCCCGCCAUCUUUGAAAUCUCAAGCCGCUGCUGUCACUCUGUUAUUAUCUCACGAUCACUCGAAGCUGAGCUGUGCUCUGAGCUUGAUUUCACUUUCCCGGCAUGGUUUUGGGGCUGCAUUGGGCUUUCUUGCAGACCUGUCGGUGCAUCGUCGAUCAAUGAAAUUCUCUUUGCUUACAGUGCAUGAUCCCCUGUAAUUUGACGGAUCUGAUGAUGAUUGAGAUAAUUAAGAGUGAUUCGCUCCGAUUGGACCCUUCAGGAUUUUGGUAGAUGGUAAGGCACUUUUGAGUGGUGGAUUUGCUAGAAGCAUCUGGAAUUUGUUGCGGUGGUAAAUCAAGUUGUUUCUGCAACCAUGAGCUUUGCAUUCCGAGGAAGUAGGGCCGACAUAGAAAGUGGAUUUCCAGGAUUUAUCCAUGAGCGGCCUUCAGUGCGGAUUCAUGCACAUCGGCCAGUUAAUUCCAACUCUCUGGCAUUUCUCGUUACGGUUCUUUUGCUGUUCAUGGUCUUGAACUCUCACCAGAUAUCGUCGAACUUCCUGCUCUGGCUUGUUGUCGGCGUCUUUCUGAUGGCCACUAGCCUUAGGAUGUAUGCUACUUGCCAACAACUUCAAGCUCAAGCUCGAGCUCAUGCGGCUGCUGCCAGUGGCCUCCUCAAUCAUACUGAGUUGCGUGUGCACAUGCCGCCAUCGAUAGCAUUUGCCACAAGAGGAAGGUUGCAAGGAUUGAGACUCCAGCUUGCACUACUUGAUCGUGAAUUUGAUGAUUUAGACUAUGAUGCUCUGAGAGCUUUGGAUUCGGACAAUGCAUCUACAGUUCCUUCGAUGAGUGAGGAGGAGAUAAACGCUUUGCCUGUUCACAAAUACAAGGCCACUGGCUCUAAAAGUGACAACUCAUCGAGGCAACAGGUGGCAUCUUCUUCAUGCUCCUCUGAGGUGAUGCAAGACAACAAAGUGGCCGACGGAAGCGCAAACUCUUCAGAAGAUGACCUGACGUGCACCAUUUGCUUGGAGCAAGUGAACAAGGGCGAGCUGGUCCGUAGCUUGCCAUGCUUGCACCUGUUCCAUACAAAUUGCAUCGAUCCAUGGCUUCGACAACAGGGGACGUGUCCUGUAUGCAAGUUUAAGAUGGGAUCAUGGCAGGAAAACAGGGACAGUGAAUCGGAUGCAUCAGACAUGGUCUGAAGACCUUUCCCUCGCGUUCUCAAACCAAAGCCCUCCCCUCCUGUAUAUCCAUAUUCCCCUAAUAUCAACCUGUAAUAUAUAUUUCUCUAAUGCCCGAUUGACUUUCCUCUCUCUGUUUUUUUUUUUGGAUGUUAUGAGACUGAAUCAGCAGAUAAAUAGAGUAUUCUUUGUAUAUUGGGAAAAUAUAAAAAAACAUAUCCUCAACUGUUCUCUAUAAUUGUAAAGAUGAUCAGGUUGGCCUUU